CCCAUGGUAAAAAUAGAAGCUCCUAGCCAGCUAGCCGAACUCGAAGCUAGAGCUGAGGCGCGCGCGGCACCGCUCUAGCCGCGCUAGAGCGGACGUACGUUCGGCGGCGCACCGGCGCAACCGAGCCUGCGACGUCUGUGCGAAUGCUGACGAUGAUGCUACCGAUACCGAUGCUACUUCCGCCGAUGUUGUGCACCGAACCUGGUCGCCGUCGUCCAUGCGAAGAAAGUGCGCGGGCGUCCACGUGUUAGCGCGCCUGUCUGCGUGUGCGUGUGCGUGUGCGUGUGCGUGCGUGUAUGUGUGUGUAUGUAUAUGCAUACUGAGAGUUCGGCUCCGUUUUGCUUUCCUCUUCGUCUUCCACCUCGCAAUCCGCUCGAGAUAGAUUCAGUGCCCAUCGAGACUUCGCCGUGACACCAGUCCCGUGGGUCUUAGUCAUCAACCGUUCCACCAUAGAUAGGUUUCCUCGCGAAUGACUCACCCGAUCGGAUCCUCAUUUCCCCGAAGAAAACGCGAGAUCGGAAGCUUUCGUGAGCGAGGAGUUUUCGAAGAACGGAGGAUCGAGCGAGAGCGAAGAAACAGACGAGACGAAGGCGGAGGGAGAGAAAGAGCGAGAGAAGGAGAGAGCGACAGAGAGAGCCACAUUCCGAGCGGAUCACGGAUGCUUAUAGAAACGUUGCGUAACGGCGUCAGGCGGACGGCGAAAUCGCCGCUCCGUCGCGAGCUUGUCGUCUAGUUUCGACGUCUUCGAAGGAAAACGUCCCGCGCGUCGUCCCGAAGAGGUUUCCGCAAAGCCCAGGGCAGUGCCGAGAGCCGCCGUGCGCGAGGUGCUAACAUCCACGUCUCGAUCUCUCGAAAACUCUCUCGGCGGGGCUCGAUCGCGGACGGCUACGGCGGCGGCGGCACGUGUAUGUACAUAUGUGUGCGAGUGAGUGAGAGGGGAGAGGCCGACCGGGGUUGAUAGUACGGCCAGCGGUGUUGUCUCGAGACGGCGACAAUUCGAGGGUUGAGAAUGAGGACGAGAGAAGAAAGAUAGGAAGUGAAAGCGGCGAGUGUGUAACCUACUCCGAAAGCGCGACUUUUAACACAACCACUCUCGUGCACGAGUUCUCUCGAUCUCCCGACACUCGACGAGAGCGAGGAAUCUUUACGCGCCCGAGAUCGAGAGACGUAGAUUCUCGCGCUCGUCACGUUCACGCGCUUCGGUUCCUCGAAGUUGAACUAAAUUUAAACCCCGACCCGGCAAGGCUCGCUGAUUUCUUUUCUCACGUCCGGCUUCUCUCGCGAGUCGCGCCGCGAUGACAGGCGAGCUCUGAAUGUUCGAGCUCGAGUCUGCCGUCUCGAGAUCGGCGCGCGUUUCGCUAGGACAACGGCUCCGCCGACGUGUUCCGCUCGCGUCCCGCUGUAUUUCGUAUCGAUAUCGAUAAACGCGCGUUCGUGAACGGUGUGUCAACACUUGCUUCUCCGGUGCUAUUGUAGAGAUCCGGUGGCAGCGAGCGUGAGAAGACGGCGGCGUGGGCGACAACUACGACGUCGGAAGAGAAGGUGGAGGAGAAUGGAGCGACGACCGGGACAAGGCGCGUGCAGACGUUGCUGACGAGCGAGCGAGACGACGACGACGACGACGACAACGACGACGACGAUCCCAACGAAGACGAGGAAAACGAAGAAACCGAGGAGUAGGAGGAGGCGUAGAGGGACGAAGGAAGCGUGAAGACGAACGAAUAGUGCCUGCGGUAAGCCGCGAGAGAUGCAGCAACAACCACAUUCUGGCCAGCAACCGUCCGGAGCGCCGAACGGGGGCGGGGGCGCCCAAUUGCCGCAAACAGGUGGCAUGAGUCCGGCGCAACCUGGCGCGACCGGCACCGCCACGGCGGCGUCUAAUCGCGCACAGGUUAACGGCGGCAGAUUCGACUUUGAUGACGGUGGGACCUACUGCGGCGGAUGGGAGGACGGCAAGGCCCACGGCCACGGUGUGUGCACCGGACCCAAAGGCCAGGGCGCCUAUUCCGGUAGCUGGCACUUCGGCUUCGAGGUGUCUGGCGUCUACACCUGGCCCAGCGGGUCAGCUUACGAGGGACAAUGGCAGAACGGCAAGAGACAUGGCCUAGGCAUGGAGACCCGUGGACGUUGGCUCUAUCGAGGAGAAUGGACUCAGGGAUUCAAGGGUCGCUAUGGGGUCCGACAGUCCACUACCUCGACGGCGAGGUACGAGGGCACGUGGUCCAGCGGCCUGCAAGACGGUUACGGUUCCGAGACUUACGCCGACAGUGGUACUUAUCAAGGCCAAUGGCUUCGCGGCAUGCGGCACGGAUACGGGGUGAGGGCGAGUGCGCCAUUCGGACUGGCGAGUCAUUACAAACCUCCGAAACAAGUAAGGGCGUCCUUGACGUCGUUAAGGAGUGCUGACGGAGGACCGCUAGUUGCCCCCACGCCAGAACCCACCGACAGGAGAGAUCGUCGCGUGGACGACAGCCGAGGAGGAUUCGUCUUGAAAGCGAGAAGCGACGAUCCUCCCGCCAGAAGAAAGAGUCUUACUGAAAAAUCUUUGAAAAAGGGCAUUCUCUCGGGUCUCAAGAUACGGAAGCAAAGGAGUACGGGGGAUUUGGAGAAGCGCGGCACCGGCGGCAGUAUUAGGAGCAAUGCCAGCUCGGCGUCGUGGAUGUCGACCGAGAGCUCACAGAGUCAAGCGUCGGCGUCGGUUCACACAGACAGUAAUGCGUCCUUUGUCAUCGAGGACGAACAGAUGGACGCGUCGGUAACCGAGACGUAUCUAGGCGAAUGGAAAAACGACAAACGGACCGGCUUCGGCAUAUCCGAGAGAAGCGAUGGGCUGCGAUAUGAGGGCGAGUGGUUCAACAAUCGCAAGUACGGCUACGGCGUCACCACGUUCCGCGACGGCAGCAAAGAAGAGGGGAAAUACAAGAAUAACGUGCUCAUCACUAGUCAAAAAAAGAAACACCUCUUCCUGAUCAGAUCGGCGAAAUUCCGUGAGAGAAUCGAGGCGGCGGUGAACGCCGCUCAAAGGGCGAGCAAGAUCGCCCUGCAGAAAGCCGACAUUGCGAUCUCCAGAACGGCGACGGCGCGAGGAAAGGCGGAAUUGGCUGACAUCGCCGCUGAACACGCCCGAGAAGAUUCCGAGUUGGCGCAACAAACGGCGAGGCAAUUCGCACCGGAUUUCCGGCAGCCGGGUUUGGAGAGAUUGCGACCACCCAAGUACGUGCCACCGCCGCAAGAUUCCCUGCCUGGCAAAAGCAUCCUGCACAAGGCGGCCAGCGUGGACCAGCCCGGCGGCACGCCGAUCAAGAGCAUCUCGUCGACCGCCGAUUCCAUGACGACAGCGACGACGACGACGGCGAACGCGACGCCAGCGUCCGCGGCGAACACCACCGCCAGCAGCGUGAUGCAAUCGAUACGAAGAUCCAGCAUGAAGCUGUUGCCGCAGAACCAGCUGCCGCCGAUGCAGAAUCAGAUACCGAACCAAGUGCAGCCUGGCUCGCUGGCGAAUCAGGUGCCCAUGAAUCAGCUGAACAUGCAGACCUCUCUGACCGGUCAAAAUCCGUAUCAGCAGUACCCGCAAAAUCCGAUUCAGAAUCAGUAUCCGAACAGCAUACCGAAUCAGUACCAACCGAACCAGUACCAACCGAACCAGUACCAACCGAACCAAUACGGCCAGAACCAGCUCAUCCAGAGCAGUUCGUACCAGUCGCAGUAUCAGCCAGCUAAUCCAAUACAGGUUGAUCAGUAUUCCGAUUAUCAGCAGCAACAACAACAACAACAACAACCAAUCGAGCCGCACGGCUUCCAAAACUUGCAGGCUUAUUCGAAUCAGCAGAUCUUGCCUCCGCAACCGUCGGUUAUAUGCGAUCCAAUGACGUUAGCUCAAAUGAAUCAGUUUGAAGCACAGCUUUAUAGCACGGCAAUAUCUAACCAAUACGGGUCCGGCCAGAUGAAUCAGUACAAUUCGCAACCGAUGUACGCGCAGCAACAAACGCAUCUACCGCAACAAUACCAGCCUGAUGGUAUCGCGGAUGCGGCGAGACCGCCUAGUUCCACGAGCUUACGAAGAAACAGUAGAGUCCUGAGUCCUCAGGAUCGACCUGGCAUUAUUAGUCAAACGUUAAACGACAGACUGGAUCACUACAAGAGGCCACCUAGUCGUGACAGUUCCGUAGAUCGUUAUGCUAGAGCGCAUUCCCAGUUAACUAGAUCAAGACAGCCAUCCGUCGACAAAACCAUAUCGAAUCCGCUUCCGGAUAUGCUCCCGGACAGAUCGACGAGGGCUCCGAGCGCGAUUCGAGGGGGAACACCGCUGAAUGGCUCUGUAGUAGGCAGCGGAGCCGCGACGCCGACUUACGCAGCACCGACUCCCAGCCAAUUCGAAGGGGCACUUAUAAAGAAUCGUGGCCUUGGACAAGACAUGUUGCCGAGUCCUGGACAGCCUAAGCGCACCGAGAGUCUCUAUGUAGCUCGCGUACCGUCGGGAAUUGGCGGUGGUGGUGGCGUUAUGCCGAAGGAAGCAGACCGGACGGUCCCCGCCUUCACCGCAGCGUCAAAGGGCCGCGCAACCCUAUAAGUAUAAGUAUAAAAUAUGUAUACAAAGCGAUGUACAAUAGCAGAUUAGACAAAAAAAAAAAAAAAAAGACGACAGCUUCCGAAAGGCUCGCGCGCGUCGCAUUUCGAGCCAAAUCAGCUGAAAAUCGCAACACAAUCCCGAUUGACAUUUCCGCCCGACACCAAACGCACCUCGGAAUUAAGUUCUGAUAAUCAAUCUAUCCCGGGGCAGUCUUUAAUACACGCAUUUCUGAAAUCUUUCUUUAAUACUCCGCACGCCGGAGAUCGAUGAUAUUUUUCUAUGAAUUUACGAGUCUUUCGCAACACGUUUGAUGCUAUCUAACUAACAAAUAUGCAUUGAUUAAUAAACAUGUGCAAUUAACUUGAACGAUAUUUACAUAAUAAAUUAUGGGUAAUGCAGCUAUGCAGGCCCGCUAGCGGAAUCGACUCGUUCGAUUCUCAUUGAACUCGUCGGAGCUUACGCGUUUCGCGUUUGUUAUACUUGACUUAUGUCGAAAAUGUAGGUUUUCAGAGUGGGGCCUUAUACGAAAAUGAGAGGAUUUUUCAAUAACAAUCAUUUUUCGUGAAAAGUCAUGUUCGUGCUACGUUGUGAGACGCUUGAUGGGAGAGGCACUUGUGUACCUGGUGUAGAUUGCUAUUAGCUGUUAACUUUGCCGCAAUAUUAAGUGAUAAAACGCUCAUUGAUAGAGCCGCGGUCAAAGAAAGCGUAUUCGAAGCGAGCGAUGCAUAUUUAUGGAAGACAAAUUUAUUUUUCUAUGGAAACACUGUAAGCGUUGGUGAGCGACACGAAUCGCCAUCUAGUCAUGCGAACAAUCUAGAGUUACCGCAAAUUUGAUCAUGGAUGUUAAUCUUGGAAUGAACCCGUGAUUGUAUUUCAGUCUAACAAUAGCGUUUAUGACUAAUGCAAAUACCUUGCUGCUUGCACAACGUGUUGCAAAGUACAGCAUAUUUCGUUUUACUCAUUGCAAUGAUCGAUAGAGAGCAUAAAUCCAUUCCAGGAUUAAACAAACAAUGAUGAAAAUAUAGCCAAAAUAAAUAGUAGAAUUAAAGAUUUCAAAAUAUCUUAGAUCGUGUUUCGUCUUGAUGGAGAAAAAGGAUUGUGUAUGUUGACAUGGGAAACAUUAUAGAGAAACAGGAUAAUACGCGAGAGCAAUCUGUAGGAUGGGCAAACUGAGCUUGAAAACGUAUAUUGUAUCGAUUCGAAAUACGAUCUACAUCGUUGGAUAACAUGCGAAAUCAUCGACGGACCAGUCAACGAACAAUAAUGUAACACUGUACAGUUCCUUUUAGCAAAAAGAGACUAUUAAAUGUCCUUCGAUUUAGUUUCUCGUUCGGUACAUUAAUUAAGCGUGAUGGUAAAUUCGCGCAAAAGUUUAACCGUAUAGACAAAUAUAAACAGAGUGGCUGUGUAGACGCGGAGAUAUACGAUGUACUUAUAUGCAUAGAUAUUUGCACAGAAACGACUAUGCUAAAUCGGAAUGAUACGCAAGUUGACUUUUCGCUUUAUAAAGCAGUUUAAAAAGUGAACAAAUCCCAUUUGCAACUAGACACGUGACAUUCCAUUUCUCGCGAACAAAUACAAGUUUUUGCGUCAAUGGGAUGCGCACAUACACGAGCACGUAUAUAUGCGCGAAGCUAAAACCAACACACGAUAUUGCAUCCAUUAACCAAGCUAAUUAACGAGCUUCGGAAGGUAAGCGCGCGGAGUGGAGGCGGGGACCAUUUUUGCUCUUCGAUUCUAUUUUAACCUUCUUUUUAGUCAUAUUUGAAAUCUCUUUCGAUCCCUUUCUUCCGAACUCAUUCGCUACCUACCUCACCUAGAUUAUUUGCUUAUUGUUAGUUUACUACGAUCGAUACCGCUCGAUUUGUACCCACUCUCAGAUAUUGUUAGUCCCGUUUUACCUUUCUGUGUUCAAAUUCUCUCGAUCAAGUUUUAUUCAAUUUAUUAUUAUCGCUAUUACACGCAGAGACUACUUAAUCGUUAUUACUGCGUAAUAAUCGAGAGAUUGCAAGCGUUCAGGCGAGUUUCAUGAGAUAUUCUCUUAUCCACCGCCUCCAUGCCGCUUUUUUUUCUUAUUUUCUGAUUGGAAACAUUUUUCUAACGCAUGCUUGUACGAUGUCGUGAAUUUGAGCCUAUAUACAUAUUGAUGUGCAGAUGGAGACUUGAUAAAAUGAAAGUAAUCGCCUCGAAAGAGGGACGUUCGAUACGAAACGAGCCUUAAGCACGCAAAAUCUGAAUUAAAUCUAUGAUAUUAAUCGCCGUGCCAGUUUCUAAUGUACAUAUGCGCGUUACAUUGUGUAGUAUGUUAUUUGUUUCAUACACGUCGCGCACGCAUACGAAUAUUUUGCCGCCCACUAUUAACGCGUAGAAAGAUAUGUGCCGAGAAUGCGAGAACUUAUUUUAUAUAUGACGAGAAAUGAAAAGGAAGAGAAGGAACGCGAGAGAAAUGGAAAUGCAAUUUUUACGAUCGCCUGUGUUAAGUAUAUUUAUACGCCGUCUAUUCUUUACGCGUAAAAACGUCCAGAUUGCAUACCAAAUGCAUUCCGUAUAAAUAAGACUAAUACUUGAAUUUAUGUACAGAUAACACGGCGAAAUCAUGCACGUUAAUAAGAUUAAGAACAAUAACGUCAAUGAUUUUGCUGACAACAUCUGCUACGGAGCCUAAUCGUUAAAAAAUCUAUAUAAUCGGAAUACGAAAUUCUAAUCGAUAGAAAUUACUGAGAAUCGCACAAACAAGCGUGUAACAAGAUACUUUGAAGUUUAAUUAAACUAUAAAUACUCACUAUUUUCAUACAGGACCGAUUUAACAAUUUUUAAGAUAUGUACAUUAACAUCUUAAGUCACAAAUCACAAUUUCGACAAUAACGACAGUUGCGACAAAAAAAGAAAGAAGAAAGCGACGAGAAAUUAGAAUUUAUGAUUUGUGCGAAUAAAACGCAAUAGCGCGUAAAUGCAAUUUUAAAUGCAACAUUCCCAAACAGUUGAAUUCUGACUUAAGUCGUUAAUCUACCCAUGUGUUCAAAAAUUACUCGCUUAUGAUGAAUUUUCAAUAAUACCGCGCGACUGUUCGGAAAGAGAAAUUACAAGAGAAAUUACACUAUGUCAACGUGAAAGUGGUACAUUUCUUAAUCUCGCACUUAAGUGCCAAUCUUGCGAAAAAUGUAUUCUUUUAUUUAACGUUACGAGAGCUUUUUUAAAUAUUUAAUGAAUCGAGUGAUUACGUUUUUUUUUUGAAGAUGUUAGAUAAUGCACAAUUAUUUCUAGACACUUAGCGAUGUAGAUAUAGAAGACCAAAUGAAAAAGAUGGAAAUAGAGAUGAUGUAUAACAGUAUUCCAGGAAAUUUCCAGAUUCCAGAGAAGAUUGAUCUUAAUGUAGAAAUUGUACAAAUUUUCAGUCAGCAAAAUAACAACAUUCCAAACGUUGAUUCGAUGUAUUGAAUGUAUUUAUGUAUAUCAUGUAUAAGCUGUUGCUGAUGACAAAUUAAAGAGCAUCGCGUAAACCGGACUUGUUACUGUCUCUCUUCAUUGUUUUUUUUAUCAGAAAGAUUAAUAAUUAUUAAUCACUGAUCUCGUUCUCAUCAAGGUUUAUAAAUACUGUUAUAAAACUGUCGGACGUUGAAAAACAAUUAAUGAUUGCCAAAGUAUUAUAUGUGCAUUAUACAUAAUAAAAUAAUAUAAAUAAUAUUCUAAGUUGCGUGCGAUAUAAAAAUAGGCUCCGUCGAAAUUGUAGGCAAUAUGGAGAUUCACGAAAGAAGAAUCGCAAACAAUAAUAUGUCGUGUGAUUGUAUGCAGCUCGCAAAUGGAGUCAUGGAAAUUUCGGCAUUAAUAUUAAUUUCCUCAUUACCAUUUCUUACAAUUUGUCGAGUUUGAAGUGUGGACUAAACGAUUUAUAUAUUUAUAUAUAAUCCGCAGAAAUAUCGUGAAAUUUUUAACAUUUUCGAAAUAUUGACAACGUUAAUCUGGUUCAGCGCGAAUAAUGUAGAUAUUGAAAUAAAUAUAAUUAUAUUCAGAAAAAAAAAAAAAUAUGAUGCUUACAUGUUCAUGCAUUAAUUGAAUCAGAUUAAUGAUGAGAAUAGUCUUGAGGAAAUUAGGUCACGAUUAGAUCAAGAUAAUUAAUGUUACACUCCGUUAGUCGAAUUACUUCCGCUGAUGCGGAUGCAUCCAACCAAACUGCAGCGUCAAAUGCGCCACGCAAUGCGGUAAAUAACAGACAAAGAAAUUGCAAAUAAGUGGGACGGAUCUUUUCUUGGCGCGAGAAAAUCCCGAAAUUCUGGUCGGAUUUAUUCACAUGCCAAACGUAUGAGUCAAGUAAUUCGAGACUAGAUUUCAACGUGAUUUGCAUAAGACUGUUCCACAAUUAACGCAUUGCGCAUUAAAUUUCACGAAAAAAAUUUAACUUUAAAUUCAAGAAAUUAUUACGGAAAAAUUUAAGAAUAAAAAUGUAAAAAUUGAAGGAGAAGAGUGUCUCGGACGAAGUCGAGUGAUUUCCAAGUAUCAGCAAACUAAACAACAUGGGCCAAGUUUCUUUUUCCAUACCGCGUCUGCUAUUAUGAGACCGUACAUCAUGGAGCUGCAAGAAUCGACAGGCCUUUGGCAGCGUCUCCGUACAAAUCUCCACAAGCGUCGCGACGCUCGGUGAAGUUAUUUCGAAAAUAGUGGGGCGUCGCUCUAUUUCGGUCGUGUUAGCCAGGGCCGUUCAGUCUGCGGCCCGGCUUCCUUACCAGGAGGCUGCGGAUCCGUAAUGCACACUUUGAUUUCCCCCUUUCGCGCAACGAUAAUCAUUAAAAAAAAAAAAA